CUAUCGUUGGUUUAUGAAAGAUCUAACUUUGGUUUACUUAACUGAAUUAACACGAUUGAUAUCAGGAGAACAACAGAUUUAUCUCACGUCGUGCACAUAUUCAUUCACAAUAAUUUCACUACCACUCGUGAAUAAGUGUUCAAAGAAAACUCCGACUAGGUUUAUUGCACAACACUCAGCUGACAGUAUUGCAACAGCGAAGAAAACUUAACGGGCGCGGUUGACUUGUACAGGUAUUUUUUUUCAACUGGUUGCUACAGAAGAAUGUUCUUUUAACUUAAGAGAUGUCAAAAGCUACAAAGAGGAAACAUGUUACCAAGGAAGUUCUGGAUGAAUUUAUCCUCCCUGAAGGCAGCCAGCAAAUUGUAAAGGUCACAGCAGGGAGAGGAAAUAAUUUGCAUGAAGUGGAAUCUGAAAAUCAAGAAAAGUUUUUAGUCAGCAUGCCAACUAAAUUCAGAAAAAAUGUAUGGAUCAAAAGAGGAGACUUUGUCCUGGUGCAACCUAUUGAGGAGGGUGACAAAGUAAAAGCAGAAAUUAUUACAAUUCUGUACAAAGAGCAGAUAAAGUACAUAAAACAGGAAGGACUGUGGCCUGCAGCGUUUCAGGAUAGUGAAGAGACUAAAAGUGAUGGUAUGAUCCCAGAUGAUCUUCUACCUCCAAGUGAUGAUUCUGAUGAAGAAAAUGAGUGUGACAUUGUUGUGAACAUUAACAGACAGCAAGUCGCUGUAUACGAUGAGAGUGAUGACAGUGAAGAAGAUGACAGCUGAAUUUCCUUUUUACUGGAAUGUGGGAUCACACAAAUUUCUUUCUGUUUUCUAAAUCGAAGAAAUUUCAUCAUUUCCACAGGUCAUUGUUGCAGAAUCUGUGAUUCUGUAAAUCUUCUGUUGAAUGUGGGAUUUAUUUUGGAUUUGAAUUUGAAUUUAAUUUAAUAAGAUGAAACGUGCAAUGCUUGUCACUUUUCUUAUUAAUUCUGUAUCAAACAGAAUGGAAAUUGAUCUCAGCAAGUCUUUCUGAUUCCUAUUCAGUUGAAUAUAGGGAAGUUUCACUGAAGUAAUACGGUAUUAUUUUUGCUGUUAUAACAUUGACAACACAUAUAAAACUCUGUAAUUUAUAUAGAAUGGAUGUGUUUUGUUUUCAUUUUAUCUUUAAGGGG